AUGGCCGCAGUCACAAUCACUGUACCACUUCUCUCCCCAGGGUCUGCUGCCCGGCGCACAGGCCCGCGACCAGAAUCAUGGACCAUUCCGCCGGUGGACGUCAAUGAAACCUUCAUCAGGAAGCUGGCGAUCCUGAUUCUCAGUCUGGUUGAUCCGUUCGAUGCCUUCUACAUCAGAUGGACGGCCGACAACAUCCGCAGCCUCCUGUGCGCGGACAACGAGAUCGUCCCCUGGCUCACCUGGAUCAACCGGGCAUCCUACCAGAUGACCAUGCCACUGCCGAGGGUGCCCAAGAACCUAGACCGGCUCAUCUACACCCUGCUCCCCUCCGCACGGAUCUCGGCCACCACCGGCACCUUCAACAGCUCCUGGAAAAUUGCCGAAACCAUGACCCUGAUUGGCCUGCCCACGCCCAAGGAGAAGGUUCUCGCCAUGCAACACUGCCUCCGGAAUGCCCUGGACUACAAGAAGCUGCCUAGGUGCCGGGAUCCGCUUCCACGCAGCAUCUUGGGCGUGGCGGGCCUCCAUCGCCGCAUGACCACCCUUGAGCAGCGGAUCGGAGAGCCCGCUCUCGACACCAGAUUCACGGUGGUGCUCGCUCUGAGCCAGGACUACGCGUGGCCCCAGACCGUCAAGACCCUCGCCGUCACGGGAGAACUGGACCAUCUGCAAGUGGCGGCGAUGCAGCAACUUCCCACGGUCCAGAGCCCCGUCCUCGCUGUGGUCCUGGUUGUCGUUGUGCUUCUCACUCCGCCCUUUGAAACCCAGCUGGAGAUUCCACAUCCCGGCUUCCCCUUUGAGGCUGAGAUACGAGACAAUUUCUUCCUCGGGCUCAACAACCUGCAGGCGCGGUACGGGCUGCAGAACUUCGCCCAGAGCCUGACCCCGGCCAUGGCCAACCUGCCAGACGCUCAGGUGAGCGACGUGGCCCAAUGGAACCGGUACUGGGACGCCACUUUCCCUCAGGUCUGCCCCCCACCAGCGGAGGAGGAGGAGACACCACGGAGCAGCAGUGACAAACAAAGGCAGCGGUCGUCGGGGUCUCUUACAUCACAAACUGUCCAUCCCGUCUCUGCACCAGAAACUUUCCCUCCCAUCCCUCCGGCCCUUUAUGUCCUCGCAUGGCCGAUCAUCCAAGUCCAAGCAACCGCCGCCACCACCACUUCCCAAUUAAUAAACGACUCUAGGAUGACUCCCUCCUCCUCCCUCCAAAUCAAGCUCCUGGACUCGGCCUCCAAGGUGCAGAAGAGGGUGGGGAUGAGCAACGCCGACUUCCACAUGCUCACGACUUUCGCUCGACAAGCCCAUUCCAGUUAUCUCGCCAACAACCCGGAUUCUCCGUACGCCGACCCCCAUGUCGUCUGGGGAGGGAUUCCCCUGAAGGAGCUGGCCGUCAUUGUCCAACAAGUGUUCCGUCUCUGCGAGUCCAAUAGAGUCUUCUUCCCGCCCAAAACUCCAGUCGAGUUGAGGGUGACAUGUAUCGAACAGCGCGUCUACGCCGCCAGGAAGACGUGGAUGUAUGCGACGCGAGACAAACUCAAACGUGCCAACAAAGACACGACUUCUUCUUCUUCUUCUUCACUGCCCAACAACGACAACAAGCGUGGACCGCCUCCGUCUCGGUGUCCGCCGCCCUCGGAUCAUCCAUGUCAGAUUCAUGUCCAGGAGCAGCAGCCCACGCCUCCUCCUCCUCCUCAGCCCACCAUCCCACCCACACUUCAGCCUGACCCCAAGUCAACGACGAACAUGAUGCACCUGCAACACCUUCUCUGUUCAUGA